GUUGAAAGAUCGACAUCUGUUGAUUUUAAUUGCCUUGAUUUAGUAGUUAAUGUAGAAUCAUGGGUAAUUGUUAUAGACUUCUUUAGUGUGACUCCUUCUGAUUACAAACAGGCUCAUAGAAAGGACGAAGAAUCAAAGGCAUUCACUAAAAAUAUUGUAGAAAAAGAAAACGAGGAAACUAACAUUUCGAUACGCUCCCUUAAUGUAGUAUUGGUUAAACCUCAAAGCGAUCUCGCAAAAGUAAAUAUCUCCCACGUCGAAGUUUGCAUUAAAACUGAUGGAAUCCAGAAAGAAGUGAAAGGACAUUUAGGUUCUAUGUCUCUAUUAGAUUUAACACUACAUGGUCAGUUAUAUAAAGAAAGAUUUUUAACAUCUGGAAAACAAGCUUUGCUUUUUAUUUAUACGAGAUUUUCUCCGAACAAAGUCUUAAAUUUUGAUGCACAACUUAAAUUGGAAAUGUCCUCAGUUUCAUAUGUUCACACGAAACGUUUUGUGGCAGAACUACAAGCGUUUUUUAAUCGUUUUACCCACCUACAAGCAGUAAUGCAAAGUAUUAGGACUGCAACUAGUAGACAACAAAAUACGAAUGAAAUUAAAAAAUUAUCCGUAAUUUUGGAAGCGGAAGCUCCGGUUCUCUAUUUGCCAGUUAGUUCAAAAAGUUCUGACCUGUUGAUAGCUGAUUUAGGGCAUUUAAUUGUUACCAACGAUUUUAAAUAUUCUGACAAUGAAGGUGUAAUUAGUGUUGUAAAAAACAAAGAAGCAGGCAAAAAGUGUUUAUUGGAUAUAAUGUUCAUUGAACUUCAAAACGUAGACUUAUUCACCGGAGUUAGGGAGACAAGUUCUAGUAAAACAAAGACCAUAAAUGACACUCACGUGAUUUUAGGAAGUUCUGUUAUAAGACGAAAUGGUGCAUCCCUUUUGAAAAACAAAUGUCACCUAAAAAUACAAGUGGAAAGAAAUCUAUUCAGCGAUAUUUAUCAUACUGUUCCAGAUAUGAGUAUACAAGGGGAAUUAUCGACUUUAGACAUUACAGUGGACGUACAACAAUAUAAACUUAUCAAAGGGUUACUUUUUUACAAUUUGGGAGAGUGUACUGAACACAUUUUACCCUCUGUUUCAAAGUCUAAUUUGGAAGUAAUAAAGCCAAGUGAAAAUGUAUGGACACUUCUCUCCAUAAAAUUCAAUCUGAUGAAUGUAGUACUUGAUUUACAUACAAAUUACAAGUCUGAACCUAUAGCUCGUGUGAAUUUUAUCAAAUCGCAACUCACUGUUGAGUCCUUUAGUAAUUUUAGUCAAGAUGUUGAUUUAGUAUCUCAAGAGAUCGUAGUGAUAGAUACUAGAUCUCAAAACGAAAAUUCCAACAAGCAAAAUGUAUUUACAAACAUUCUGCAAUCCAUCGUCUUCAAUUGCCAAGACGAUCUUGUUCAAUUAGAGGUUCAUAGUAGGAAAAAGCAGGACAAAACGAAAUUCACUAUUCUUUUGAAUAACAUGCGCUUGAUGACAAUCUUUGAUUGGUGGGAGUCUGCAGCGAAAUUUAUUUUUGCAAAUUAUGAAGAGGAGCAGCCAACCUCACCUACUCACGAAUCUUCUAGUUUGAAGAACGAAAAAGGAUCGUUUGAAUUAAAACUCAAUAUUACAGAUUCUGAGAUUGUCAUGGUGCAAGACAUUUCUCAGUGGGACACAAAUGCUGUAAUUUUAAAGAGUACAACAGUGGUAACGUACAAGUCUUAUGAUACCGAAAAACCUCUAUCAAUGAAUUUAAAUAACUGUGAAGCAUAUUCUUGUGUACUGGGGAUGGAAGAAGAAACUGCUCUAUCUAUUAUUGACCCUGUUACAUUAAAUAUGGAAAUAAAUACCAGAAUAUUGGAAGUUCAAUUAAACCAUCUUAAUGUUCACGUAUCUUAUCGAGAUAUGCGUAUGUUUUUGCAAAUAUUAAACUCCUUACCUCAACAAUUUCUAGACAGUAAAAGUACAAAAGAAAACAGAGAAAUUGCAAAGAAAGAUGAAAUAUAUAAAUUGGUUGUCCUUGGGUUUGCCAUUGACGAUUGUAUUAAAGCAUAUGACGUUUGCGAUCAUAAAUUAGAUGAUGCAGCAUUGUGGCUUACCCAAAAUGCCGUACCUCUUCGUCAAAUUGAAAAAUUCGAAAAGAGUAAAAUUUCACCAACAAGCAUCACUGCUGUGGAGGUAAAAGCCAGAUGUAUAGUUUUUGCUGUAAUUGACGACUGUGGUGACUCAGAUGUGCCGCUUUUGGAAAUAUCUUUUUCCAAGUUAUUUUUAAGGCAAUGUUUGGAUUAUUCAGGGAUAAUAGAUCAAGGACAAUCAAAUAAAAAUGGCGCUUUAGAAUGCACAUUGUCUGCUGAUUAUUAUAAUAGAGUACUAUCUGGAUGGGAACCAAUACUUGAGCCAUGGAAGUGUCAUGUCUUAUGGGACAAUGUUAUAUCAUCCAGCCUGAUACAAAAUCGUCUUCAAAUUACGGUUGAAUCAAAAGAGAUAUUAAACUUGAACGUAACAUCUACAUUUACUGAAUUAUAUCAACAAGUCAAAAACAAUUGGAUGCAGGACAUUUAUUUAGAGAACAAUGUUCAAGAAUCCAAAAAUAUUCAUAAUUACAAGAGUCGUUCUCCUUUUGUCCCUUUUGUUCUGAAAAAUGAUACGGGAUGCCCCUUGUACUUCACCACAUUAAUUAAUGAAAUGGAUUCUUCAUUUAAUUUGCAUGAAUCAUUGGAAGUGACAGAAAGGUGGGUUUUGGUGGCACCAGGAGAAAGUAUUCCUUUCACAUUCAGAAGUCGAGAAAAAAAGAGACAUAAAGACUCUCACACCUUAAAAAUGCAUCAGUUAUGUGUUAAAGUGGAAGGUUGGCAUUCUGUUCAUCCAGUAACUGUGGAUAAAGUCGGAAUUUACUUCAGGCAUGCUGCUCCUGAAGUUCAUAGCAGAACAUUAAGGGAACCGCCAAAUAUUAGGAUUGUUUUUGAUGUUGCUUUAAAAGGAUUAGCACAAAAACUGGUAACAGUUAGGUCUUCAUUACUUGUUGUUAAUAAACUCAAAAGAGACAUUGAAAUCAGGUUUGAAAAUACUCCUUACUAUUCAACAGAAGAGUUUUGGAUUGCAAACAAAACAAUGACGAUAAAGAAAAACGAAAUGUUAGCUGCUCCUCUUACACAUGCUCAUUCACUAAUAACAAUGCGUCCUAUAAGCCAAAAAACUAUGUAUUCGUACUGUAGUUCUCACAUUUCAUGGAAACAAGUGAUAACUCCUGGAGAAUGUUGUUACGAACUUCGGUCGUCUUCUACUUCAAAAAAUCAUUUAUUUAGAUAUUGUAUUGAGAUUAAAAGAGAGAAUUAUCCUCCGGAUAGAGCCAGUGCAUUAAUGGGAGUUAAUGGGCAUUAUUUACAGCCCGGCCACACUAUAACUGUCCUACCAAUUUUACUUAUAAGUAAUUUGUUGCCUGUUGACUUGUCAUAUAACAUUUGCAAAGAAAGUGGAAGAAUAGUGCCUGGAGGUGAAGCCUCUUUGACAAAUGUUGAUCCCGAUGAUGCAAUUGAAAUAACUGUGUGUUUGGAAAAUUUUCCCAUCAGCAGUAAACUCCUUGUUCCAUCAAAUUGUGUGACCCCUUUUAACUGUCGUAUUAGACUUGCUGACCAUGCAGGGCGUCGUCUUUUCUUGCAAGCAAACGUUAUUCCAAAUUCAGAAGCAAGAAUUAAUGUUUCAUUUUCGGCUCCUUUCUGGAUUAUAAAUAAGACGGGUUUACCUUUGGUAUUCAAACAAGGUGGUGUCACUUCCGAAACUGCCGGUCAGUUUGAAGAGCAUGAAGUAGCACGAAUGUUAACUCCUUUAUUGUUCAGUUUUGCCGAUUCGGACGCUAGUCCGACUGUAACAGCACGUGUUGGAAACGCCCUAAACUCUAAUGGGACCCCAAUAUGGUGCCAAAACUUUCAUUUACGAAAAGGUACUCAAGUAAGAAGAUUACAUGUGAGUUUAAAAGAUGGUGGUGCCGACGUCGUGUACUUGAUUGGCAUACAAGUUCGUGUUGGACGUGGGAAAUAUAGGUCGACCUCAAUAGUUACAAUAUCUCCUAGAUAUCAGUUGCACAAUAAGAGCUCUUAUCGAUUAACUUUUACCCAAAAAUAUUUCGUAAAUCCUGCAGAUCCUGUAUCCCAGAAUACCUAUUGUAAAACUACUCCAGGAUGUCACAUGUCUUUUCACUGGCCUCGGUUAGAUAAAGAGCAGCUUUUAUGUGUUCUCAUUGAAGAUGUUCCCAGCUGUUGCUUUUCAGGUGGAUUAAAAAUUGAUGAAAAUGAUUCAAUGCAUGUUAAUGUCAGGGAUGCCCAGGGCCGAAUAUAUUUUCUGCGAAUGGAAGUGGUGUUGGAGGGGGCAACGUUUUUCGUUAUAUUCGCAGAUGCAGAUACUAUGCCACCACCAAUAAGAGUAGACAAUUUUUCUGAAGUGCCCUUAACGUUUUGGCAGACAUGCUGUAAAGAUUUGUUGCGCUGUAAUGUUCGCGCUCAUACAAGCAUACCCUACGCCUGGGAUGAACCUACAGGAUCUUCAUUUUUGACCGUUUCGGCUCCUGGAGGUGUUUCCAACAAUUAUGAUAUGAAUAAAAUUGGAAAUGUACCCCAACUCACUUACGAAAACUUUAUUUAUAUCGCCUUUGCGGGGACUUUUAAAGAUGGAGAAGAUGUCCUAAAUGACCCAAUGGAUGUCGAGAACCAACAGUUAGUCCUAGAUGUGGUCAAUAGCAAGCAGGUGAUACUGAAUCGCAAAAUUCCCGGUCAGCGAUCACAAUUGUGGCGUAUGACAGCAUCGGGUCAGUUGCAACAUGAAGGUAGCAGCCCACCAUCCCAUCCGCAGCAACCCAGAUCAGAUAAUGUAUUGGUUUUGGACAUUGAAGGACCAGCUCCACAACCGAAUACAUACAACAGAUUAAUGCUGCGCAAACCCGAUUCUAGACGUCGAUCGACUCAAACGUGGCGGUUCACCGACGAUGGCCGUUUGUGUUGUGCCCAUUAUAAAAUGUGCGUGCAAGCCCAGGAUGGAUUCUUUGGGUUAAGACCUGGGAACGCAGCAAUACUAGGGCUUCCUCAGCCAAUAUGUCAUCGUACAACUGAAACAGGUAUUCCUCUGGAACAAGCUGUUACCCGGCAAAGAUUGAGACCAGGUUCGGGUGUAUUAUCAGUUGAAAUAUCGACCGACGGUCCUACACGUGUCCUUAAUAUUAGGGAUAUGCAUGAAAAAAGCGUUUAUGCUGUACCAGAUGAGCGUGAAUGGAAUAAAAUAGUUAAAAAGCAAAGACCAAAGUUCACACGUUAUAGUAAUCAAGAUGACGAUGAUGCUAAGAAAACAGAGUAUCAGUGUACCCUUAAAUUAGCUGGGGUGGGAAUCAGUGUUGUUACUAGGAAACCAUUUGAAGAGCUUUUAUAUGCCAAGUUUGAAACAAUUGUGGGAGAAACUGUAAUUACAAAAAUUGCUAGAACAUUUUGCAUCAGUGUGAGAGAUAUUCAGGUCGACAAUCAGCUUUUAGACACUACAGUGCCUGUUCUGCUGUAUGUAACACCUCCAAAAACUAAUAGAAAUGAUGAUGAAUACUAUAAGCUUCCAGCAUUAGAUAUUUCAACAGAAAUUCAACCAACCCCUAAUGAAAAUGCUGUCAUUUUCAAACAUCUGAUUGUAAAUUUGAAAAAGCUAACAAUUAAUCUUGAAGAGAAAUUUAUCUUAAAACUUUUAAGUUUUAUUGAAAUAGUAAUUAAAAUUAUUAUUUUUUANGAUUUAGCAUCAGAAACUGCAAGAGCUGUCAGAGAAACUAGCAGAAGCCGGAUCAGCCCUGACCGAUCAAGAUUGCCUCGUUGUGUAUGGGGAACAGGUGGUUUACUUCCCCCCUACAGUAAAAAGCAAAGCAAAGCGCAACAACUUUUGUACACGGUUAGUGAUAGGAAUUUUUCUGAACAUCUGGUGGCGUUUGAACGUUUGAAUUCUGAAGACUUGAAAAUACUUGUUUCGAAUCAAAAAAUAUGGAUAGUGGGCCUCAAUACUGUUCAACUAGAAGUUUAUUUAAGCGAUUUACAACAGUGUCAACCCGUGACUGUCUCAGAAGGUUCUGAUAGUCGCUAUUAUAUAGAAAUAACGAUGAAAGUAUCGAAUGCAAAUAGUACUGCCCUUUAUCAAGAUGCUAUAAAAAGGCCAAUAAUUCGCUGCGACUCGUAUGACUUAGCUCGGUGGGUAUCACAACAAGUCAACUAUGCCAAACGCUUAUAUGAUGAAAGACUGCAUACUCUGACUAGUGACGUUUUGCAAGUCGAAGAAUAAAAGACUGCAGUUUUCAUACUUAAAAGAUCUAUAUAAAUGAACUGUCAUGUUCAAGCUAUCCCAGCUGAUUAAUUUCUUUUUAGAAAAAGAAAUUCUGUCGCCAAAGCUAUUUAUAUUUGUUGUUUUUAUAAUAACAGAAAAGUCCAAAUGUUAGUUCUCAAAUUCAGUAUAAUUGAUUGGUGCCUUAAUUUACGUAGUUAUUUUGUUACGAUUAGUCGUUUUGAUACUUUUCUUAAUGGUAUUAUUAUUAUUAUUAUUAAUUUUGCUGUUAUUAUUUAUUAAAAAUACUUUUAUCAAAG